AUGAAGUUUCUUUGCCUUCAUGGUGCCAUUGGCAAUAUCGAUAAGAAUUUGGCGCGCGAUCAUGCGGCUUCGUUCUAUUACAUCAACGGCUUAGUGAGGAUUAAACCCCCGCAAGGAUUCGAGGAGUACUUUGGCGCUGGACCGCACUAUCGCUGGUCGGAAGAUGGUGGUAUAGCCGAAGAGUCCAUGAUCAGCCGAGUACGCAAGAUCCCAGUCGGGCAUAACCCGGAAGAUGUGAUGCGCGACUUGGUCGGAGACCGAGAUGUGGUAUGGAAAAACCAUGAAGAGGUGAUGCAGUAUCUUUAUGAUACGUUGGAGGAGAACCCAGACAUUGGAGGCAUCAUUGGAUACAGUGAAGGUGCAUCCAUCGCCGCGACCUUCAUUCUCAAUGAACAGCGCAGACAGGAAGAGACUGGGCGCGAGCGAAGGAUCAAAUGCGCAAUGUUCGUCACUGGCUGGCCCCCAAUUGACCCCCACAAGGGAGUCAUUCUCGCAGAUGAGAACGAUGAUCUGGUUGAUGUGCCCACCCUACACGUCGUGGGUGCCAAUGAUCCCUUCCGACAUGGCGCAUAUGCGCUAUACAACGUAUGCGACCCUGAUACAGCCGCAUUCUUCGACACGGGCAAGGGCCACACCAUUCCGCGAUCCGGAUUGGUGAUCGAUGAGCUCGGCGACGCAGUCCGAGACCUCAUCGCUAAAUCUCAGGAGGGAAUAUAA